UAAAUUGACAAAAAGGAAAUUGUUUUUAUAACUGCAAGAAAUAGUUGUAUGUUCCAGGAAGAUUAGUUAAUAAUUUUUUAAGUUUUCUAAAAUAAAUUAUUAAAAAAUGAGUUUAAUAAAUACUUUAAAUAUGUCGCUGCGUUUGGCAAGUCAAAGAUGUGUGCAACCCUCCCUGAUUGUGCGUUGUUUUGCCGCUGCUCCCACACCUAAAAAGCUCAAGAAAUUGGGUAAAUUGGGCCCUAUAAUGGAGAAGAAAGAAAUUCCAGUCGAAACAGAUGCCAAUAAAUUGGUCAAUUAUGUUUGCGGUAGUAAUAUAUUGAAAACUGGUGAAGAUAUUAAGCUUAAACCCGAUUCUGAAUAUCCCGAUUGGUUGUGGACAUUAAAUGUAGAUCGUAUUGUACCGCUCGAAGAAAUGGAUCAAAAUACUAAACAAUACUGGAGACGUUUAAGAAAAAUGGCUCUCAGACGCAACAAUCAAUUGGCUAAACUAAAGAAAUUUUAAGUAAAAUACAACUAAUAGAAAUAUUUUAUUAAUAAAAUGUUGAAUAAAUAUAAUUUGUUAAACGAAA